AUGGCGGGCGAUUACGAUAAACUUCAUGUAUUGGGAUCUGGAACUUACGGAAAAGCUUGGCUAGCCAUCGUGAAAUCCAGCCAGAGACAAUGUGUGCUGAAAGAGAUAAAGGUCAGUGAUAUGACCAAGAAAGAAAUCGACCAGACGAUUACUGAGGUGACAGUGCUAGCCCGAUGUAAACAUGAGAAUAUAAUCCGAUACAGCGGGGCCUAUGUUGACGGUGGUAGUCUAUUUAUAGCCAUGGAAUAUGCUGAAUCAGGAGACAUUGGAAAGAAGAUACUGGAUCAGCGAGGAAUCCAUUUUCCUGAAAGUAUGAUAUUAUCCUGGUUUGUUCAGAUCAAUAUGGCCCUGUGUUAUAUUCACUCUCAUCAUAUAUUACACAGAGAUUUGAAGCCUCAGAAUAUAUUUUUAACCAAUGAAAACACGAUAAAGUUGGGAGAUUUUGGCAUCGCGAGAGUUUUACGAGAUAAACAUGAUCUAGCUAUGACUGUGAUUGGUACACCAUAUUAUCUGAGUCCAGAGAUCUGUCAGAAACAACCAUAUAACCAUAAAAGUGAUAUGUGGGCAUUGGGAUGUGUAUUAUAUGAGUUAUGUUGUCUACGAGUACCAUUCAGUGCUCCUGAUUUCACCUCUCUAGUCAUGAUCAUUCUAUCUGGUAGUUUUGAUCCUAUACCCAGGCAUUAUGGUCCACUGUUAGAAGAUUUAGUGGGUGUUUUAUUGAGAACCCAACCAGACAGUCGGCCCACAUCGGAACAGAUUUUGUGUAUCCCGGCCAUGCAGCCAUAUGUUCUAGAAUACACCACAAAUCUAAAUCGAGCAAUUUAUGAAAAGAAACGACGAUUAGCCUCACCAAAUAUCGAGGCGAUGAACGCUGCCAAGAAAGAAAAACUUGAAGACGUCUGUAAUAAAAAGAUGGCCGACAAUAAAAAUAUUUGUAAAAAUCUUGAGAAAGAAGAAGAAAUGAAAGAAGUAGAUGAUGAUACAGGUUUGUUUUGUCUUUCUGAACCCUUUCAACCUUAG